AUGUUAGAAAUCUUGUUAUCUCCAAAAAAUAUAUAACAGCACGGCAAAUCGUCGCCAAAAAAAAUCAUAAAUGAUUUCGAAUAUCAUUUAGAAGACUGUUUAGGUUAAGGAGAAUACAGUUCUGUAUUUAAAGGGCAAGACAGAAGAUCUGGAUAAGAAGUAGCAAUUAAGGUUAUUGAGAAUUCGAAAUUGAAUUCAAAUUUCUCAAGACAAAUGUUGAGUAAUGAAAUUGAAUCAUUAAAGAAGCUCAAUUCUCCUUACAUCUUAUAGUAUAUCAACUACAUUUACACUCCAAACAAUCAAUACAUCGUAACUGAAUACUGUAACGAAGGAGAGUUGAGAUUCGUAAAGAAUCGAUCAGAUUAAUAAUUGUUAAGGAUCUUCCAUCAAUUACUGUAGGCAUUAAAGGAACUAAAAUCUAGGAAUAUCAUACACAGAGACAUCAAGCCUCCAAAUAUUAUGAUGCAUAAUUGUAUACCUAAACUUGCUGAUUUUGGUUUUAGUGUAAAUAUCAAUUCUUUGGAGUUAUAAAAAUCGUCAUUUGGCACUCCACUCUAUAUGGCACCGGAAUCAUUGAUCAACGACGUGUACAGCUUUUAGUCUGAUAUUUGGUCUGUCGGAAUUACUAUGUAUGAACUUAUAUACGGGAACGUACCAUUUUAUCAUGGCAAAGAAUCAGAGUUAAAGAAAAUAAUACAAAAUUAUGUCAAUAAUCCAGUCUUAAGAAUACCUUAAUCGAUAUUCAUUCCCUUGCUUAAAGGAAUGCUUGAUCCAAAUCCUAAGACGAGAUUCACUGUUGAAUAAUUAUUGUCAAUGAUUUCAACCGAUUAAAAUACUCAAAUCAUUUCCUAAUCAGAAUUUAACUUCUUAAGCAAUUUUGCAUAAAACUUACAACAUUUUGAGACUAAGGUUAAUGACAUUUGUCUUCGAUGGGCAAUUUUGAAAAUCCUCUCAACCCAAUUCAAAAUGAAUCCAAAUGCUCAAUCAUAAAUCAACCAAUAACUCAUAUCUAUCCAAAACUCUACUAAUUUCUAUAUGAUUAGAGACUAAAAGAUGAUCGAUCUAAUAAAUUCAAAAUCAGAUGCAUGUAUUUUAUUUAAAUUAUGUUAUUUAGAGUUUGUUCAUCUUCUUCGAUAAAUAUUGUAACAAAAAGUAAAUUGUUAACAAUACAAGCCUAUCGUAUAGGAUAUACUACAAUGCGAUUCUAUAUUAUCUCACUUAUUUUAAUGA